AUGCAAAGUGAAAAUGAUAGCAUUGGGGAGUGGUGCUUAAUUGAAAGUAAUCCCUGCAUAUUUUAUGAAAUGUUAAAACAAAUGGGAGCAAAAGAUUUAUCAGCUGAAGAUGUGUAUGAUUUAGAAUAUUUUGAUAAUUAUAUAAAUAAUAAAGAUGAAAUAACAAUUGAAAAUAUAUUAAGCAUACAGGAAUACAGAAGUGAAAAAGAAAAAGAAGCAGGAUUAGAAUCCGAAAUGGGAACAGAACCAUAUCAGAAUGAUACAGAUUUAGAAAAUAAGUAUAAUAAACUUUUACAUAAUUUUUCUCAUGUAUUUGGAAUAAUAUUUUUAUUUAAUAUAGGCAAAACUUAUGAUAGAAAAAGAUAUAAAGAACAUAAUGUCCCUGAAAAUUUAUUUUUUGCUAAACAAGUUAUUCCAAAUGCAUGUGCAACGCAAGCUAUAUUGUCCAUUAUAUUUAACAAAAAUAUAAAAUUAAAUGAAAAUAUAGAAAAUAUAAAAACAUUUAGCACAAAUUUUGAUAGUACUAUGAAAGGAUUAACAUUAUCUAAUUGUAAUUUUUUGCGAAAUAUUCAUAAUUCUUUUAAAACUCCGAUAUAUAUAGAAAAUGAUGAUUUAUAUCACGACACAAAAAAAGAAUCAAAUUCUUUCCAUUUUGUAUCAUAUAUCGAAUUUGAAAAAAAUGUAUAUUUAUUAGAUGGUUUGCAAGAAGGACCGAUAUUAAUUACAGAUAAAAAUUAUGAUGAAAAAAAAAAGUUGGAUAAUAAUUGGAUAAAUAUAGCACGGAAUCAUAUAAAAAAAGACAUAGAUAUUAUGAACAACUCUGAAGAAGAUACAGAAAACAGAUUUAACAUUUUGACAAUAAUAAAGGAUAAACAAUGUAUAAUCGAAGAAUAUAUAAAUAUACAUAGAAUAUUAAAACAAAGAACAAAUAUUAAGCUCGUAAGUUUAGGAGAAAAUAUAGAAUUAAAUGAUGAAAUAAAUGAAGAUGAUUAUUCUUUUUCUAAUAAAAUACCUAGUAUUGAUAAACUCACAUCUGAUAUUGAGAAAUUACAUAAUAUUUCAAAAAAAUCAUCAAUUGAAAUUAAUUAUUUAGAAAAACUUUUGACCAAAGAAAUAGAACUUAAAGCUUCUUGGGAUAAAGAACGAACUUUUAAAUUUUUUAAUUUUUAUCCAUUCAUAAUAUCCUCCAUAAAUUUAAUGGCUAAACAUAAAAUCUUGAAACCAUCCUAUGAAAAAGAAAAGCAAAAACGAAACAUUUAA